GAUAGUUUUGUCUGAGGCUUGUAGAGCAUAUGGCCCCGGCUUUUGUACGGGUAACCCAAGAGCUCGGUUAGUCUAAGUGGGGCAUUAUUUGCAUGUCUGCAGAAGGAGAGGUUUAUUUGCUGAUGUUAAAAAAUUAGAUAGCUGGAGACACUUGAUAGUGUAACCAGGAAGUUAGACACAGAUUUUUCUGUAUCUUCCUAGCUUGUGUGCUCAUUCUGGGUGAUAAAUAAGUUUCUCAGGAGCGAAGAUCUGAAAAAUCGUUGUAAUCUGCCGGCUAGUUUUAGGUUCUGGGUUUUGAAAUAAGAGAUUUGCGGUCAGAAACUGUUGAGGAGCUUUCCACUUACAGAGCUAGAUUGUUACAGAGGAUCCAGUUUUUUCACGACUGCUCUUUCUCGCUGGUCAAAGCCAAGUACAGAAAUAAAAAUAGAGCAAGUAAUUGAACUAAUUUAAUUAAAAUGGAGAGGUAAAAACGGCUUGAUAAUGUAAAGCUGAACGUAAGAUGCAUCUGCCCUUUUUCACCCUAAGCCUGAGAUCUAUUGCUGUACAAAAAUUGUGACGAGCCUCUUAAAGUGUUUACAAACAGCACAGGCUGAAGCUUUUCCUAGACAGUGAGUGGUAAUCUCUUCUGCAAACCACCUCGCAUCAAUGUGACACGGCUUCACCUCCAGCCCUGCCACCUCCUGCUGUUCUUCCCCUCUCCUUCCCAUUCCCCACUCCCCCUCCCUGCUUUAAAAAAAAAAAAAAAAAAAAAAGAAGUGGCAGCUGUUGGAAAGUAUAGCCCAUUUGUUUUAUGAUGCCGCUUUGGGAAUAUGAUCCAGAUCCUACACGAGAGAGAGAAAGCAACAGAGCGAAAGAGGAGGGAGUUCAGAAGCUCUGGAAAAUAAUUUGCUUAAUUUAAAUCUAGUGCAGAAAGUUAAAUCUUUAUAGCAAGGUUCAGGGGUAAAGCAGAGCUGCUACUAGAGGUCCCAGCUUGGGAACCAAAGAGAUUGCUGGUGUAACCUCUCCAUGAAGGAGGUGGGCGACGGGCUGCACGAGCAGAUGAACUGCAUGAUGGGCGCGCUGCAGGAGCUGAAACUCCUCCAGGUCCAGACGGCGUUGGAGCAGUUGGACAUCUCGGGGAGCCGGAGCUCCGUUUCUGGCGCUGAGCAGCACCGGUGCUGCCGAAGCAGCAGGGACGUGCCCAGGGCCUGGCAGGACGAGCGGCCGCGGGGGGAGCCGGCGGGGCGCAGCCCCUCGUCCCUCGCAUGUGCCGCACCGCGCCCGGCGGGGCCGUCCCGUCCCGCUGCGCUCCCGGAGGGCGCCCACCGCAGAGACACCCCGUCCUCCUUCAGGGGCCUCCGCGGGGAGGAUGUUUCUCACCCAAAGGGACCUUCCUCCACGUCGAGCGGCGCGGAGCACGUCCGCCCAAGGACAUUUGAGCCCAGUAGCCAGGGCACAGCUGGGGGGUGGCCGGUGUGCCGGGAGUGCCCGGGGUGUGACGAUGGCCACGACUGGACGUCGUCCCUAAUGUCCCAGAGCAGGAAUCGGCAGCCGCUGGUCUUGGGGGAUAACAUCUUUGCAGACUUGGUUGGGAACUGGUUGGAUCUGCCAGAGCUGGAUAAGAAGGGGGAGAAGAGCGAGGCGUCCCUGUCCGUCAGCAGGUCCCAGGAGCUCUGCAGGAAGUUCUCCCUCACAGCCAACAUCUUCAAGAAGUUCCUGAGGAGCGUUCGGCCAGACCGAGACAGACUUCUCAAGGAGAAACCUUGCUGGCUUCCCCCUGAAGACAAACGCCCCGAAAUUUCUAAGAGACCCAAAAAGAUGAACAAACUCAAGGGCACAUUUUACUUCCCGCUUCAUGGGAACAUCCAGAACCAUCACAGCAAAGCUGAGAGGGGCCCGAAGGCAAAGAGCAAUAGUGAGAAACCCAAGCUUGGCACCAAGAAGGUCCACGAUACCAUAGACUACACCCAGUCUGGCUUUGACAUCAAUACGGCUGUUUGGGUCUGAGUGUGUCCGUGUUCCCCGCUCUGUUUCACACCGGAGAGGAGCUGGAGGCCCCACACGGCUUCCCGGGAGACCCUCGAGCUCUCAGCGUGGACCGAGACGAGAGGAGUCCUCUGCAACGCGUGCUGUGGGCUUCAGCUGCCUGCAAGUGGCAUUUUCCAGAGAACUGCGGCUUCCGGAGCAGUCCGGGCAGCAGCUGAGGCAGCCCCGCCGUGGGGAGACUUUUGGGGACUGACGUUUUCAAAACUGAUCAGGACCUCCAGCAGCUUUAGGGGGAGUGGUGCUGCGGACCAUCAGCUCCCGGAGCCUGGCUAACAGUAGCCACUUCAGGCCCAUUCCAGCAUCUCUGGUUAAAACAGCUGCAGCACAAAAUUCACCGUGUGCAUGUGCGUGUAUGAGUGUGAAAAAAUACAUAUAGGGUUUUGGUUUUUUUUUUUUUUUUUAAAUCUAUUCCUGCUUGUGUGCACUUAAAACUGGGUUACAAACCAGGCAAUUCAAGCGUUGUACCUGAGGCACUUGUUAUUUAAAUUGAAAGAAAUAAGUUUGAGUUUGUAAGACUUGAACAACUGCCAAGUGGGGGUGUUGAACCCCAGCCCUGCUGCAUUUCAGCUGGGGGGUCCCCCCCCAAACUGCAUCUCUCUUGCGCUCCCAGCAUCUCUUUCCCCUGCCAGUUAAACCAGUAAGACGCGAGGCUCCUUUCAUGGAAAUCUGUGAGCCUGCAGCUCUCAGCGGGUUUUGUUCUCGCCCCGUGUCCUUCCCCCCACAGAUCCCAGCAGACACCCUGACGCAGAAGUUUAUGGUUGAGGUUGCACCAAGAUGCAAAGCUGCAGCAGACGUUGAUUGUUGUUGUUUCCCCAUUGCUGUUGUGUACAAACCUUGUCCUGACAGAACCAAGUUCUUCAGCGUGCGGCUCUCCAAGAGUUACCAAUAAAGCGAUGUCAGUCUC